ACAACGGGGUCACCGCGUGGGAUCAAAUUCUAGGGUUUCCUUUGUAAUCGUCGCCAGACAAUAUCCAAAUUACUAUUCCACUCGAUUAGAACCACCUCAGACUCGAACAGGUACCCUUCUCUCUCUCUCUCUCUCUCGUCGGUGUCGUUGGUUGCUGUUUUGUAGAUUAGGGUUCUAUGGUUGUCACUUGGAUUUAGGUGUUCACAAGAGGAUUUGUUGCUCAAUUAGGUGCGAAUUCGUAUUCCAAUAUGUCAUCGAGUAACAACCACCCAGUGAAGAACACUGGUGUUCCAACCCAUUUUGGAAAUCUAGGGGUAACCCAGCAAUCUAUGCCCGUGAACCAACAAACCCAUUUGCUCUCUCAGUCACAACCUCAACCACAUGGUGGGUCCCACUUUCCGGGCCAUUUCCAACUAUCUGAGCCUCAAGCUCAAGCUAUGGCUCAGGCACAGUAUGCCCAGGUUCAUGCCCAAGCUCAAGCUCAAGCAGCUCAUGCCCAAUUCAAAGCCCAGUUCCAAUCCCAAACCCAACCCCAGUCCUUUACCCAGUUACAAAAUUCUGGGUCCGGUAAUGUUGGCGGUUCUUCGCCCAUGAUUUCGACUCCUGGCACUGGGAGCACCAAGCGGCCUCCUCAGAAGCCGACUUCUAGGCCUCCCGGUUCCUCUGGUGGUAACACGGGGUCGCCUUUGAAAACUAUGGAGUUAACCCCUGCUGCUCGAAGGAAGAAGCAGAAGCUUCCUGAGAAGCAGAUUCCUGAUAAAGUGGCGGCAAUUUUGCCAGAAUCGGCUCUUUACACUCAGUUGCUUGAGUUCGAGACCAGGGUUGAUGCUGCCCUUGCAAGAAAGAAGAUUGAUAUUCAAGAAUCACUCAAAAACCCUCCUCGUGUUCAGAAGACCCUCCGGUUGUAUGUUUUUAACACUUAUGCGAACCAGAUGCAAAAGAUCCCUGAUAAGAACAGCGAGCCACCUUCUUGGUCCCUGAAGAUAAUUGGGAGGAUUUUGGAAGAUGGAAUGGAUACUAGUGCUUCUGGAAUGGUGCAGAAACAGAACGCUUUGUAUCCAAAGUUCUCGUCUUUUUUCAAGAAGAUUACUAUUUAUUUAGAUCAGAGUCUCUAUCCGGAAAAUCAUGUGAUUUUGUGGGAGAGUACUCGGUCGCCUUCGCUUCAUGAGGGAUUUGAGGUGAAAAGGAAAGGGGACAAGGAAUUUAAUGCAAUUAUAAGGCUAGAAAUGAAUUAUACGCCUGAGAAAUUCAAACUUUCACCGGCUUUGACAGAAGUUCUUGGGAUCGAGGUAGAAACCCGACCAAGGGUUAUAGCUGCACUUUGGCACUAUGUGAAGAUUAGGAAGCUACAGAUUCCAAGCGAUCCUUCCUUCUUUAUGUGCGAUCCACCUCUUCGUAAAGUAUUUGGGGAAGAUAAGAUGAAGUUUUCCACAGUUUCUCAAAAGAUCUCGCAACAUUUAACUCCGCCGCAACCUAUACAUUUGGAGCAUAGGAUCAAGCUUUCUGGGAAUAGCCCAACUGGGAAUACUUGUUAUGAUGUGCUGGUUGACGUUCCUGUUUCACUGGAGAGGGAAAUGUCUGCUUUCUUGGCAAAUUUGGAGAAGCACAAGGAGAUUGAUGCUUGUGAUGAGGCUAUUUCUGGUGCUAUAAAGAAGAUCCAUGAACACCGGCGGCGGCGGGCUUUCUUUCUUGGGUUUAGCCAGUCUCCUGCAGAUUUUAUCAAUGCUUUGAUUACUUCUCAGAGCAGGGAUCUGAAGCUUGUUGCCGGAGAUGCUAGUCAGAAUGCAGAGAAAGAACGUCGGUCUGACUUCUACAAUCAACCUUGGGUUGAAGACGCUGUUAUUCGGUACCUGAAUCGCAAGUCUACAACUGGAAGUGAGGCUCCCGGAAGUACGUAGAUAGGGGAUUACUGGAUUUCUUGUGGGACGUAUGAUCUUCAAUGUGUCUGCUUUUAGCUCCGAUAACCUAUUUCUAUCUUGCUUUGGGAUAACCCAUCUCUAUCUAACUUUUGUGUAGCUGGAUAUAUAUUGGAAUUGGAUACUCUAGUCCGGGAGAUUAUGGUUAGUGGCUUGAUGCUUGAAGUUUUAUUUGGCUUGUAGUACAUUAUCGGUUUGUUCAUGCUCUAUUCAAGAAGUAAUGUCCGUUGAAUGCUCAAGACUGGAUUUCGAAAAUAUUUUCUUGGUUAGGUAGGAUUUCUAGUUGGAUGCAUUUCAUGCAUAUUCAGUACUGUCACAAAAUGUUAUCCUAUUUCUGGAUUUCUGGGUAGCAAACGACUGCAAAUAUAUUUGUUAGACUAGUUUAGAUGUAUAACUGACGGUUUAAUAUGUGGAGUACUACAUUUCAAGCAAUGGAUAUGUUUCAUCUGUACUA